AUGUCGUUUCAAGAUUCAUCAUUGACUCCUCCAACAAUGGUGGAUGAUCUUAUUGAUAUUGAGUUGAUGCUUGGUGACAUCGGGGAAGAGGAGACAACGAAUGGAGGUAAUUUAGAGAUUGGUGAGUUGAUGGAUAUGGAGGUUCCAGUUCCGAGUGAUACAACUACUCAAACCAACCCCACUGAUAAUACUACUACUCAGACCCCUACUCAAAAUACUACAAACACAAACACUGAUGCUUCAACCCCUCAAGUUGCCGCCCAAGCUCAGAGUUCCCAGAGUCAGAGAAAUGCUGAUGGUAGAGCUCCUCGUCCCAAAAAAUCUGCUGUUCAUUCUGAAAUGGUGCUGAUUGUAGGUCCAGAUGGCAUUAAGAAGUGGAAGUGCAGAUGGUGUGGAAAGCUUUACACAUAUGAUGCAAAGUGGAAGAGUACCUCUAAUGGUAAGAAACAUUUAGAUGCUUGUAUUCAGAGAAGGUUAAGGUUUAAAGGAAAUAAUGAGAAAGAGUUUGCUCAGUCUAGAUUAAACAUAGGUGAUAAUACUCCUAGUUUAGCUACUUGGACAUAUAAUCAUGCUAGGGUUAGAGAAAUUGCAGCACACAUGAUUCUAGGUCAUGAAUUUCCUUUUUCUGUUAUGGAAGGUGUUAUUUUUAAUGAGUUUCUAAAAGAGAUUUAUCCAUGGUACAAAAAGAUUACUAGGCAACAGGUUAAGUUUGAUUGUGAGACAUUUUAUGAGGCUGAGGGAAUUAAAAUGAAAAGGUCUAUGGCUUUGAUUAAUAGGGUCAGUCUCACCACUGACUUGUGGUGGUCUGGUGAACAAAGGAUAGGCUAUAUGACUGUGACUGGUCAUUUCAUUGAUUCAAAAUGGCAACUUCAUAAAAGAGUUUUAUCUUUUAAGAAUGUGCCACCACCACAUUCUGGAGAGGUUUUGUGCAGGGAAUUGAUAAAGGUAAUGGAUGAUUGGGGAAUAAGGGAUAAGGUAGCAUCUAUUUCUAUUGAUAAUGCCAGUGCCAAUGAUAAUUGCAUUGCUAGGUUGAAGAGGGAUUAUUCUGGUAGGAGAAACUUACCCUUAGGUGGUAAGUUAUUUCAUGUAAGGUGUUGUGCACACAUCUUAAAUCUGUUGGUGCAGGAUGGGCUUGAUAUGAUUAAGGUGUCUGUUGAUAAGAUAAGAAAUGGUGUCAAAUACUUGCUCAAUUCUGAAACAAGAUGCAAAUCAUUCAAAAAGAUUGUUGAUGAGUUGCAACUUGAAGGCAGAAUGCAAGUGUUGGAUACAAAGACUAGGUGGAACUCAACUUGGUUGAUGUUGUCUACUGCAUACCAUUACAGAGAAGUGUGGCCUAGAUAUGCUGAGGAAAAUGGUGCAUUUCUCAGUUUUUUGCCUGAUGCAAAUGAUUGGGAAGAUGUUCAUGAUAUUUGCAAGUUUUUGGAGGUUUUUGCUGAUGUGACAUCAAUUAUUAGUGGCACAUCUUACCCUACUGCUAAUCUGUUUUUGUCUGAGCUUUACAGAGUGAAGGUUUUACUUGAUAAUCCUUCAAGAAUCUCACAUAAUCCUCAGUUGCAGGCCCUUGCUAGUGAAAUGAAGUUGAAAUAUGACAAGUAUUGGUCAGAGUCCAAUACAUUGAUUUCUAUUGGUGCAGUUCUUGAUCCAAGGUAUGAACAUCUUAGCAUAUGA